AUGUGGUUCUUACUUUUCGCCACUCUGUCCACCGCCACGGCCCAAGUGCAGCUUAUAAACGGCACAAUUAAACUCGAGAUCGGCCUAACAUCGCGAUGCAACGACGCGCACAAUUUCAUCCACACCUUUUCCCCAAUCUAUGAAAAAUACCGUCAAUUCUUGGAGGUCGAUUUCGUCCCCUGGGGCCGGACUAGACGUCUCGCGAACGGCCUGGACUGCCAAUUCGGUGUUCAGGACUGCUGGGCGAACCGUGUCCACAGAUGCGUGCUGAGCAGACUAAACGACCAGGAUUCGGUCAUGAAGUACAUGGUUUGUGAGUUCACACGCCCUCUCCCGGCGUUUUCGGGAAGUUACUCGUGCGUCCAGAAGAUGGGUUUGCGUAUUGUUGAUGUCGACUACUGUGUGUCUACCACUGGUGAUGCUUUGGAUCGAGAGAUGGAGGCCAGAGCGGCUGAAGCCAUGAGGGUGAUUAACUUCGUCCCUUAUUUGGUGAUUAAUGGUGUGAUGGAGCGAGCCCUGUCUGAAACCGCUAGAUUGGGGAUAGUUGAAGUUAUUUGUUCAGCGCUAGCUAAGGAUCCGAGCACCGGUGUCAUGCUGGAAGAAUGUCUUAAAUAG